AUGGAGGCUGAGAUCCAAGUACGGAACUGCGAUGUUCCUCUCCUGAAAUGCUGCCUCGAGCGGCUCCUGCAGCUGUUCGAAUGUUUGGCCAAGGUGGAAGAAGGCGUCGAUUGCCUUCAACUGAAACUGUGGACGCACAAAACAGAUGAUACGCUACGAAGUGCCCAGGAAUUCCUGCUCUCUGUCACGUCGGAAAAUCCUGCAUCUGAAAAACGGCAACCGCUCAGCACCGAAGCCCUCAACCAGCUGUUCAACCUUCGGAGUGAGAUCGAACGGGAUGCACGCGUCCUCCUGAUAUUCACUGACGGCGAAGUCGCUAUUCGAGGUCCGCAGGCAAACGUGCAACUGGCCAUGCAGUUAGUGGACGAGUUCCUCGCUCACGGCGUCGUCUUGAGCGACGUUCUCAAGCAUUCGCUCACAGCCGACUCUCUCUUAUCGGAGCCGAUGGGCGGCUCAAACGGUCGCGAGAACGGACGUCUGACACGCCGUGUGGAAAGCGAGGAUUCCUCAUACGAUUCCGACAACGAGAGCGGUCUCGGUCCGGGAACCAAAUCGCAAGGAGGCAACUUCCAACAGAAGAUGCACGACGACGUCUCGAGAACCGUCUCAGAUACCUUGGGAGCGGAAUUUGCGGAGUACGUCAAUUCCAACAAAGUCGAACUGAAGACGGUACUCGCAGAUCCAAGCUACCAAACACGGCUGGAGUUUGCGGUGAAACUCGGCUACACGGAAGCGCAGUUCCAGAACGCCCUCCAGAGGCUCGGUCUCAGCGCAUCGAACAACGAAUUAUUGGCCGAGCUCAUAAAACUGACGUCAACGGCAAAACCGGUCUCCCUCGACGCAUCGACCUCCGACGCUGCUCGUAGCGGAGAGCUGUACCCUAUCGUCAUCGAUGGACCGAACGUGGCGAUGAGUCACGGCAAGAAGGACGUAUUCUCGUGCCGCGGAAUCAAAAUCUGCGUGGACUAUUUCCGCGCGCGGGGCCAUAAGCAGAUCACGGUGUUCGUGCCCAGCUGGCGCAGAGAGCCACCUAGGCCAAACACUCCGAUCUCAGAUCAAGAAAUCCUUUUUCAACUUGAGAGCGAAAACAUUGUAAAGUUCACCCCGUCGAGGAACGUCAACGGCAAACGAAUAGUGUGUUACGAGGACUACUAUGUUCUGGAUGUGGCGUUGAAAGACGAUGCAAUCGUGGUUUCCAACGACAACUACAGAGACCUCGUGCAGAGGAAGCCCGAAUUCAAAAAGGUCGUCGAAGAGCGGCUCCUCAUGUACGUGUUCGUGAACGAUCACUUCAUGCCACCGGAGGAUCCCCUGGGCAGAACUGGACCCACCCUCGACGAGUUCCUCAGCAAAGUUCGUCUCCAAUUGCCCUCAGUUUGUCCUUAUGCCAAGAAAUGCACGUACGGGAACAAGUGCAAAUACUAUCAUCCGGAGAGGGGGAACAAGCCACAGAAAUCAAUCACGGAAAAACUCGCCGAGCAAGCGAAGAUCCAACUUCAAGAAGUCAAAGCUCGAGCGAACCUCGGGAACGAGGUCACCAGGACCCGCAGCGUUCCUGGAACUUUGGCCGGUGACUCGGCAUUGCCGACCGGCACGAAAAAGAAACAACCUCUCGGACGAACAAGGUCGGCGGCGCCGGCCCAGAGACUCCAAGACGAUUUCCCGAUCCCCGGCUCGGCCUUCGGAGGCGGAGACGUCUUGUGGCGACAUCAGAGCUGGUCGAAUUUGCCAAAAAACAUGUUGAGCGAAUCCGGACACCUUUCGCUGGCGAAGAAGCUCUCCGAUCCGGACUCCCACUGUGAGACGGUCGCGACCGAUCCAAGUCCUGGCCUGCACAAGAAACUGCAGAGACAAUUGACUCUAAACCCGAAUCACGAUGAUCGCUUGGAACAGAUGAAGCUCGUGAACACUCACAGUAGAAGUCCGAAUGCUCACCACACUGUCACCCAUCUCAGUUCGGACGGCUUCCGUUCGAAUCAGACGGACGCCUUCAGAGAUGGUUGGCAGGCCGGGGGUCUGUCUAAUCAGAACUCUACCUCCGACACAAAACUCAACAUGUUCCCAAACCAGUUCGUCACGCCAACGAGCUACCAGGCGAACAUCUGGUCUCCCUUACCGUCGCAGCACAACGUCAGAUAUCCGAUUCCUUCACAACAACACGUUCGGCCCUCGAGCGUCCCUCCGCAAAACCGAAUGCGAGCUCCGCUGUCGGUACCUCACGCGCCGUCGGGUAACUUCGGAUCAGGCGGACCUCUGCCGGGAGUCAAUACUUUCGACGAGAGACACAAACUCUUCAAUCGUCUCACGUCGAUAUUCCCCGAAGAGCAAGUCAAGGCCGCAAUGGAAUCGCUGCCCGACGAACUCAAUCCGCAGAAGAUCUGCGCCGCCAUAAUCUCUAUGUUCCCGCCGAGACCCUGAUGGUGAUGAUUUUCCCGCCCUGGAGUCACCUCAUAGCCCAUCGGAAUCGACUCGCUCGAUAGCGAUGGCCAUCGCGUGAAGGCGGCAGACUUCUUUUCGUGAGUCUGGUAUGUUGUUCAUGCGACAUUACAAAAAAACGCGGCUGGCGAAUAACUACGCGCAGUUUUCGCAGCCGCGGAGGAUC